ACGCAGGGCUCGUGUGGAUGGACCCUGCCUGUGCCUCGGUGGGCUCCACAGUGCCAAAGUCCGGUGCCUGUGGGGCUGUGCCACGGCUCCAUCCUCACCCAGCCCCUCUCCAUCAGCUGAAGCCAUUGAUGCCAUCCUGGGACUCAGAGUCCAUUCAGUCCGACCAAGGUGGGCGCCCAGCCCUGGCGGCCUCAGUGCCCCAGCGGGCAGCCCCACGGCCCGGUGUGAGGUGGAUUGGGGCAGCCCAGGAGCCGGCCGUGCCAGGGGGCAGGAGGAGCCCCGUGGGGAGCGAGGAUGCGGCAUGGACCGGCACCGAGAUGCUCUCGGCUUCGACUUCCUUCCCAGCGUGGUUUCCUCCGGCGUCACGUGCGUGGUGCGGGGCCGCAGCAGCCGGGGGAGCCGGGCACAGCACCACGGUGCUCAGCCUCGGGGGCAGCCCCGCACCAGCAGCCUGGAAGAGAGCAAAGGACGAGGAGGGGGAGCCCCCGGGAAGCGCUUCCUGCCCCGCUCUCACCGCCUGUGCUGCGCGGUGCCAGCCCCGGCCCCAGCCCUGCUCCUGCUUCUCUACCCCAGAGCUCCCAGCGCCACUGAGGAUGGAGCCGGCCAAGCAGCCCCACAGCAAGAGGAUGGCUCCUGCUCCCCCCGUCCCUGGCAAGGCCAAACCAGCCCCCACAGUAGCAAGCAAGCCUGGUGGUCCCCAGCCCAGUGCCUCAGACACAGAGAGGGGCAGAGCCGGUGAUCCAGAUGCCGAUGGCUUCCACGCGGUGCCGGUCACCACGGCCCGGCUCAGCCACCCCACAGCCACCCGCCCGCGGGUGCCGGGCCAGCGGCCCCCCAGCCUCACGCCGGGGGGUCCCUGGGUUGGGGAGCCCCCCCCGGGGCCACCGCGCAGCGGCGCGGGGGAGGCGCCGGCCCCACCGUGGAGCCCGGAGGUGCCGGCGGCUCCGUGCCCGAAGGAGGCGCUGGCCCUGGGGGACCUGAAGGCGGAGGUGCGGUCCCUGCACAUCCUGGUGGACCUGAUGCGGACGCAGCACCUGCGGGACCUGGAGGACCUGAGGCUGGAGCUGGGGCAGGAGCGGGCCAAGCGCCAGGCGCUGCAGGCAGAGAUCGAGCGGGUGAGGAAGGCGCUGCCCUGCUGAGCACGGCGGGGGCUGCGGGCGCCUCGUGGUGCCGGUGCUGCGCCCGGCUCUGCGCUGGCUGGAGGCAGGAUGCUCACCCCGCAGCCCCGCACCGCUUCCUGCGGCACGGCGUGGGCC